AUGGAACCUAGUUCUAUGGUCUCGAUCUGCAGAACCUCAUUCUCGUUUUGCCAUAUACAACACUCUAUUUAUCUCAUUGAAAUGGGUGGCCUGGAAGAUUCCUUUAAGGAAGAUUUUGAGAACUUUUGGUCUGAAUGUCCAUGGGAAGAGGAUUUGAAGUACGCAAAAGCUGUUUGCAAUCAGGUUGAUGUAGCACUGGAAGUUGUACAUCUGACAGAUGAAUAUUGGGACAGAGUGGUAUCUUACCUUAUUGAUGAGUAUAAAUAUGGGCGUACGCCUAACCCUGAUGUUCUUUGCAAUACAAGAAUCAAAUUCAGUGCGUUCAUGGAUGCCAUCAGUAACAUGGAUUUUGACUUUGUUGCUUCUGGACAUUAUGCAAAAGUUGUUACAGAUGAAACCAAUGAGCUUUCAUUUCUUCAGCUCUCAAAAGAUAUGGUGAAGGAUCAGACCUACUUUCUUUCAUAUCUCUCACAAGCUCAGCUUAAAAGACUAGUGCUUCCUCUUGGAUGUAUUCCAAAAGAUGAAGUCCGAAGGCUUGCCCGGAAAUUUGAUUUGCCUAACCAAGAAAGAAGGGAUUCACUGGGAAUAUGCUUUCUUGGGAAGAUUAAGUUCAGUGAAUUUGUUGGAAGACAUAUUGGUGAAAAAGAAGGUAUACUACUGGAAGCUGAAACCGGUGAUUUUUUAGGAGUCCACAGGGGCUUCUGGUUUCACACAAUUUGGUCAACGCCAAGGUAUGUUGUUUCGAAAGAUGUAAAAAAUAAUGUGGUUUUUGUAUCAAGAAACUAUUAUUCCGUUGAUAAAAAAAGGCGAUCAUUUCGUGUUGGAUCCUUUAGAUGGAUCAGCGGAUCUCCUCCUCACAACUUAAACCACUUAAGAUGCAAGGUUCGGCAUGGCCCGGUUUUCUAUGAUUGCAGUUUGGAUAUAGAAAAAGAUGGUAUUGGCACUGUCCAAUUACCUGAAGAUGAUCAGGGUUUGGCGGCUGGCCAAUUUGCAGCUUUUUAUAUACAAGAGGUUUGUGUGGGGUCAGGGGUAAUUUUGGAAUCAUGGGAUGAUAAAGGGUUUCCUGUUUGUGACAAGGCCCGUGAUAUUGCAAAAAUGAAAGAUAAAUCUAAGCUUGGUAAACCCAUCACAAUCAAACCAAAACCUCAAGAUUGUUUGAGGGAUUAG